AUGGUGUUUGCUCCAAUUCCGGGUCCAGAGACGCUUCUUUACGGCGAGCGCGAACAUCGUGGGCGCUGGUUUGAACGUUGGGCCAAGAACCCAGCGGCGCCUGGUUGCAAGGUUGCCAGAAGCGAUGUCACCAUAGCUGACAUCGGCGAAUCUCUAACCAUCGACAGAAAACCUGGGACGCCUGGCGCCCGUGAUGAUGAAGAGGUUGCACAUCAGAUGGUGCAACUACAUCUCGAGGGCCCCUGGGUCCGUCACUCCAUGGAUUCGGGUUAUUCGUUCAAUGACGAAGGGGAAGUUUUAACGGAGACGCUGAAUGAAUGGAAGUCAUACAUAGCACCGUCGGCGCUUUUCAUCGCGUCAAUUUACCGCUCGAGUGGACCUUAUGUCUCACAGAUCGCUCAAGCGAUGUACCAAAGCGAAAACAGAAUCGACACGCUUAAGCAUGUCUUCUUUCUAGAUGUGAUCAACGAGGAUACAGUGGAGUUUGUGCUGGAUAACAUCUUCGCCGAGGAUAGGCGCCCGGAUGGUUCCCGCGUGGAAUAUCACUUUGUUCCAGGUCAGUCAAAAUUCUACGCUCUAUUAGGUACGAAACUGGGCUCAGUUGUCGCAUCGCUUGUUCUAGGAGCGUAUCCCCGAGGCACACGCCAUGUCUCUCAAAUUGUUGUUCACCGUGAAGUUCAAAGAUGUUUUGGUCUUCAAUUUGACAUCGACACAAUUCCCGCUUCGCCUCCACCGCCGUACUCUGCUCUGCCGGGCGGGAAACACAAGCGCCCUCGUGGGGGCGAUGGAAAUGAAUCAGAUGAUGGGGGUGAGCCCCCCAAGAAGCGGCGUAAGUCUGCUAAUCCUAACCGCAACUACGAUCCAUCAUAUCAAGGACCUGCUCGUCGGACGAGAGGUCAGGCUGCUGCUUCCAAAAUAGUGAAAUUACCGUUGCGCCCGAGAAAACCCACAGAGGGGGCUCUGUAG